AUGCCGUGUCUUUUAGGGCAAAUUGUUGGACUGAACUAUGAAAAUAUAAACCAUAUGAAUUACAGUACGGCAUAUUUACGUCUACUGGAACGGAUUAACACGCAAAACUUAAUGCCGAAAUGCACUCAUGUUCCUCAAAAAACUGAAUACCAUGUGAAUUGCUUUUUGAAAUGCAGCAAUGGUUCCCUUGGCACGGAUAUGAUGGGCAUCCAAUGCCGGUGUGGGAACACGCUAUAUUUUGCUCCCUGUGGCAGAAAAAGUACUGACGUAGUUUCGUUGAAGAAUACCCCACAAUUACACACAUAA